CCAAGACAAUAAUUCCAAGUUGCGUUUGUAUAGGUUUGUAUUCGCUCAGUCGGGCCGAUAUGGCCGGCACGCUCUUAAGUCCACGUCGCGCUCUCGAAGAGUGUUUUACACGUCGUCCGCGCAGAAACUCUCUCUUUCACCAUGUUCACCAUUUCACCAGUAAAGCCAGGAGUAUUCUCCAGAGCUUCGCAAUUCCACACGUUCAAAGUAUUCUCAACAUAGAGCAAUUCAUAGCUCUGCGGGGAUCCCACAGUGAUUUUUUUGUACGUCUACCUUUCACUCACAUUUUUUGCACACUUUGCUUUUCGAGCCUUAAAAGGAUGAACCUCUUUAUACAUUUGCACGUCAGUCUGAGUACGGUACAUUUUUAUGUGCUGGUACGCUAGAUGUUACAUAUCGCUUUUUCUGAACCUUCCAAUUUUGUUUUCUCUGCCGCAUUAUGCAUAGAUUUCGUACUGAUGAUCGAGUCCUGUCCAGGUCAUAAAGCCCGAUUGACUUUAACCAUUGCCUCCCCACAUUUGAGGAACUUCCAUAGUCAUGGCACAGGCACCUGGUCCUCGACCACUUCCGUCCAUUCUCCUCUUCCUAUUACUUCCAGUCGGAACGUGGCUGCUCAUACGUCCACUACUUGACCCCCUCCCUCCUUUACCUGCCCUACACGCGUCAUUGGGCUUCGCGAUAUUCGCGUUCCUUGCGACGCUGUAUUUGGUUCCCGCCGUUGGACCAACAUUUGUGAAGGCGAGGCUGUUUGGGAGGGAUUUAUUGAAGCCUUAUGAUAGUCAGAUACCUGAGAGUCAAGGCCUCGUAUGCGCAUCUAUAUACAUCCUUCUCCUUAUCCUCUUUAUUCCUUUCGCAUUCUCCGAUGUGUUUCUCGACUUUCAUGAGGGCCAUCAGGAAAAGCCGCCUGAAGGGCUCGUUGUGACCGAAUUUCCCCAUUACAAGCUGUCCGUGUACCUGUCGUCGCUGCUAUCCCUUCUCAUAGCAACAAUGCUCGGCUUCUUGGAUGACGUGUUCGACAUUCGAUGGAGGCAUAAGCUGCCCAUCCCAAUCAUCGCGUCCAUACCAUUACUUAUUGUGUACUACUCCGAACGCGGGAACACCAAUGUCGUAGUACCUAUCCCUCUGCGUUGGUUGUUCGGAAGUCUCAUCAACCUGGGACCUUUGUACUACGUCUACAUGUCCCUCCUCUCCACUUUCUCCACCAAUAGCAUCAACAUUCUAGCUGGUAUCAACGGAUCUGAGACCUCUCAAGCACUCAUCAUCGCGCUUUCCGUCAUUCUAAACGACCUUCUCUACCUACCUUGGACAAUCGACUUGCAUAUUCCUCUUCAUCUUCUUGGCAGUCAAGCAGAGGUCGAAUUUGGUGGAGUGUGGAAGGCUGGAAUGGCUUAUGGGAGUAGGGAGUUGGUAGAAAGACAUAUGUUUAGUUUGUACUUCAUGUUGCCGCUUGUGGGUGUUUGUGCUGGGUUCUUAUACCACAACUGGUACCCCGCGCGCGCAUUCCCGGGCGAUACGCUAUGUUAUGUUACCGGCAUGGCGUUUGCAGUCGUCGGAAUACAAGCACAUUUCUCCAAGACGCUCUUGCUGUUUUUCAUACCCCAAAUUUUCAACUUCUUGCUUUCAUGCCCUCAACUUUUUGGUCUGAUACCUUGCCCUCGUCAUCGUGUUCCUAGAUUCGAUAAGGAAACCGGACUGCUAUACCCGUCAAAAGCUGGACUUCCCCAAAGCAAAAAGCCACCGUCAAAGCUUGCGAUACUUGUUCUGCAAGUGUUCUCCGCUCUUGGAUUUAUCGAGCUCAGUGUGGACCCGGAGACUGGGUUGCUUGAAACGACAAACUUGACGAUUUUAAAUACGUUAUUGGUGAGGUUUGGGCCAAGGAAGGAGAAUGAGCUUGUCAAGCUCUUAAUAUAUACCCAGAUUGCGGGGAGUGUGUUUGCGUUUAUUGUACGGUAUGGACUCGCUGGGUUGGUUUACGAUGGGAACAGGCGGUAAUUCUCGGUGGACUGUUAUACAUUGCAAUAUUUAUUCUGGAAGUUUACGUAUCAAAGCGCGACCCACGGACCCUGCGUGUGGACCGACGUUCAGAUGGACAGUCUGAAUCUGUGUGCGGCAAUACGAGUAAGGCUUUGCGGGGAGCGCCAUAAACCCCAAAUAAACCCGGUCAAAGUCCGUCGGUCGAUCAGUACAGCCUCCAUAUAUACGACAGAUAGGUGUCCGCAACAGCGUUUACAGCUUGAGAAGACCAAGGCGUUAGAGCGUUAUUACGCUCCGGAGGUUCGAUGCAUUAGACUUCGGCCGGACGCG